UCUUGAAAGUGACCCAGACCAAACGACCCUAAGACUUAGCGACCCAAGCGGCCCAGAAGUUUUCGCACGUGUGAGUUCGAGAUUUAUUAUUAUUUUUUUUUGUUGGGUGACCGGUAGCAAAGGUUAAAGGUAAUAUUAACCAUUCCUUUUCCCGCCGUUCACUGUUUUCUGAUAUUUGUGGUAAUAUUAAUUAUACUAAUAUGUUAUAAAACGCUAACUAGGUAAUGGUGAGAAGCAGCUAAGAACUGGUGUACAACUAAAAGAAGCAACCCUACGAUAAGAAGAUAUUCCCAUCCUCUGAGGCCGUCGAUGCUUAUCGACCGUAACUGAAAAGGACGGAAACAAUUAGCGGUGGUCGGAACGUCGGGUCAAGUAGUGGUGGCACAGGCAGUAAGGAAAUCAGGACCAACACCGGCGAAGGUCUGUGUAAUUCUUGCAUUGUGGUUAUGGCUGGGAGGUGGAUAAUGUUUGACAAUGGAGCUUGGGAUUUCAAGAUAGACAAUGAUAGAAUGGGUAGAGCAGUCGAUUCGUCCAGAAUUAUAGGUGCUGAGGAGUUAAAAACGUGUAUUCUAGCUGCGUAUGGGCUUUUGGGAAGGGAAGUGUUAGCCGAGAUGUCGUAUUGGCUAAAUGAUGGAGAGAGUGAAAUGGUGGGCCUAGUGGCUUCUCCCGUCGAGAUAGCAACGGACAAAGAUUUCAGGAUUUUCAAGGCGCUUCACCGGGCAGACAAAUCCGCCAAUCUCUUCGUAACAUUAAGAGAAAGUGUUGGAGGAGAAAUAAUAUUUCUAAGGUCGGAACGAGUAAUACGGGUCCAAAUGAAUGCACCCGUUCGACCUGCUGAUGAACAUGUUGCUUUUUUGAUGGAAGUUCAGCAAAUCGAAGAACGCUACAAACGCAACUCUCAGUCUGGCGGCAUGGUUGCGACGUCAAAGGACCAAGACAAAAGCGGAGAAACUCUUGACGACUGGAGUGGGGCUAAUUCAGAGAAUUGCGAGCAAGAAAAGGGGAAUGUUUGUGGAGAUGACUUGGCAGUGGAUAAUAGAGAGAAUAAGGAAGGCAAAGUCGAAGAAGGAGACGCAGUAAAAACGGCGUCAGAUAAGCUGCCUCAACAAAUAUGUGUCAUAGAAGAUACGAGAACGCUAAGUGUUGAACAGGUUUCAGUGGAGAAUGGAAAUAAUGGAGGAGCUCACGAAGAUGUUGCUGCAGAAGAUGAAGGCGAUGAUAGUGAUUACGACUACAAUGGCUGGCAUGAUUAUUGUAGAAACGAUUGCGUGACGGACGACGACGACGAUUUUGUAGAAGGUCCAGGCAGAGGAAGAAGUGGUGGACAGUCUGGUGGGAAGGGUAUUCGGCGUCCUGGCGGUAUGGUGGCACAGGGGCUGCAAAAUCGGCGUGUGGUAAGAAGCAACGAUCACGUGGAGGUGGAUAUAUAUCCAAAAAUAACGAUUCUUCUGUGGAAAUCACCAAUCUAGCAAGAGAUCUUGGAUCACCCUCCAGAUUGGACACAGAAGUAACAGAGACCGAGG